AUGGCGGUCGCAGGAACUGCAGAGACAGCGCUCGCGCGGCAACUGGCAUCUUCCGAUGCGCAAGUGCGGAACCGAGCACUUCGUAAAGUAGAGCGGAUGUUGUGCCAACGUGAACCAGCACCACUCUCUCCGAAAGGUAUGCGAAGGGUCUGGCGAGCGCUCUACUACACACUCUGGUUCGCCGACACACCGUCCGCGAUCAACUGGACCCUCGAAAGACUCUGUUCGUGGUUGGGGCUCGCGGUGGACAACUGGCUCUAUUUUGAGGUCAUGUGGGAGACAAUUUGUCGAUACUGGAUAGAAAUUGACCAUUUACGGCUGGACAAGUACUAUGCGUUGCUAAACAGGUCGCUCAGCGCCGCAACCUCUUUAUGUGUGGAUCAGGUGGACCACUGGCGACGUCUCACCGGCAUUGUGGAACGUGUCGUAUUCGAACCACUGGUAGGGACAAGCGCGGACCUGGAUCUCGAAGCGGCACCCGCAGCACUCGGGAUGGCGUUGCACGUCUGCGACAAGUGGCUCGAACUGGUGCUCUGUCAAGCGCCGGGCGGCCUUGAAUCACUUACCCUGGACACUGAUUCAACGCACCCGGUUGAUAUCGCCGUACAACCAUUCUUACGUCUAUAUCUUGCGCCGAUGGAGCGCGCUAGCGCCACGCAGCAGCGCAACCGCAAAGUACUUAUGCGACGCGCCUUUGAGAGACUGUGGGAACCGCUGGUACGUGCCCCAGCUGCAGUACCAAAUCAACGAGACCAGCUCGUGUACUUGUCUCAACCAGAGCAUCGUCAGCAACUCGCCGAGCGCUUGUUCAAGCUGGCGUCGAGAGUAGAGGUGCCACCUUAUGGGCGCCGAUUCAUGUACGGCUGCGUUCGUAGACUGCAUACCGCAGUCAUCACCAGUGCCGCUGCUACUGCUGCUGCUGCUGCUGCUGCCGCAGGGCCACUGUUUAACGACUUUGAUGCACGUAUACGAAAGCCGCGGCAACGUCGACGUCGUCGUCGGCAGCAGCGGCGGCGGCGGUAA